AUGUCAACAACAACAAUUAAAUUAUUUAUAUUUUUUGUUUUUAUUAUUAAAAUUGUAAAUUGUGGGAAUUGUUGUGGUAAUCCACAAGUUAAUGAUGGUAAUGGAAAUGUUGUAUUUGACAAUCCAGGCAAUGAGAAUGACGUUGAUGAUGAUGAAGAUGAGGAAAGUCUUGCAGGUAAAUAAAUUAAUAUUUGGGGAUUUAAAAGCUUUUGUUGUUGUUUAUGCAUUAUUAUUUUCACUUAUUUCACUUGACUUCGCUAAUCAAAUCAUUUCAAAAACUUACAACCCAUACAAUACACCACAUAU